AUGUUGUUCGACACUUCAACAAGUAUAACAGAGGAGGGAUUUUGGUCGAUGAAAAGCUUUGCAACUUUUAUGAUACAGCUGAUGGAAUUGGGAUCAACGAAAACUCGUGUGUGUCUUGUAAAGUUCCCAAUGAGACCAACACUUGUGUCUAGUUUCACCAAAUUUUCUUCCACGGAUGACAUCGAGUCUGCUAUUGGUUCAAUUGUUUACGGAGAUGGAGACACGGACGUUGAAGAGGGUUUGAGGGUAGCAGCAGAUGAACUGUUUAAGGAGGAGAGUGGCACGAAGCCGGAAGAAUCCAAGAUCCUGAUUGUAUUUUCAGAUGGUGGUUUUGGAGGUUUCUACUUGGAUCCCAGGAUAAAUGCAACACACGUGAUCACAGUCGCAAGCGGUCCAGUAAUUCACAGAGAUCAGCUCGAGUCACUCGUUAAAGAUCCGAAAAAAGACUUCUUUACCAUUGCUGAUGAUUCGGCCAAAAGAGUGGUGCAGCGAAUAAAUGAGUUGACCCAAAAGGACUGCAACGAGGGAUGAUUGAGCCUCACUUUCCAAGGAAGAGGAGGAUUGUAGUUUUUAAUUAUUGAACAAAUUGCUGUAAAAGAUCUGAAUUGUAAAAAGGGUA